CCCCCGUCUUGACAGCGAGAAUAAAAAAGGACAUGUACACACGGCCGUUAUAACGACACAGCUACUUAGCUAGCUAAUUAGCUAGGGCCUAGACUUCAUUGUCCACAUAAAUCAUUGACAUUUCAUCGUUUUAUUUAUCAUAAAGUGGCAGUAUGUAUGUAGUGAUUUAGCUAUUUGAUGGCGUCCAAUGGCCACCAACGCGACGAUGAAAGUAUCGACGAAGACGAAACGCCCACGAAGCAGCCGCGGUCCGACAGGGAGAUGCCCGGGUGUUUCAGAAAUGAGCCCGACAAUGAGGCUGCAUCGCCCGCAGGAAGAGCCACAUCCCAGCGGCAGACCUCCAACUCGACGGCGAGGCUUCGCAGCGACUCGGUGAAGAAAACAAGGCCGCCAUUUCCCUGGUUUGGGAUGGACAUUGGAGGCACUCUGGUGAAGCUGGUCUACUUUGAGCCCAAAGACAUCACAGCAGAGGAGGAGCAGGAAGAGGUGGAGAACCUGAAGAGCAUCCGGCGCUACCUCACCUCCAACAUUGCCUAUGGUAAAACUGGCAUCAGGGACGUGCACCUGGAGCUGCAGGACCUGACGCUGUGCGGCAGGAAAGGCAACCUGCACUUCAUCCGUUUCCCCACGCAUGACCUGCCGGCCUUCCUGCAGAUGGCCCGCAGCAAGCACUUCUCCAGCCUCCACACCACCCUCUGCGCCACGGGAGGGGGGGCGUACAAGUUUGAGGCAGAUUUCCGCACGAUGGCGGACCUGCAGCUUCACAAGCUAGAUGAGCUGGACUGUUUGAUCCGGGGGGUUUUGUACAUCGACUCGGUGGUGUCCAGCGGACCCUCGGAGUGCUACUACUUUGAAAACCCCACUGACCCAGAACGCUGCAUCCAGAAGCCCUACACACUGGAGAACCCCUAUCCUCUGCUGCUGGUCAACAUAGGGUCCGGGGUCAGCAUCCUGGCCGUCUACUCUGAGACCAACUACAAACGAGUUACGGGGACCAGCCUCGGUGGUGGGACCUUCCUGGGUCUGUGUUGCCUGCUGACUGGCUGCUCAUCUUUCGAGGAAGCUCUAGAAAUGGCCUCUGAAGGGGAGAGCACCAAAGUGGACAAGCUGGUCCGAGACAUCUACGGAGGAGACUAUGAGAGGUUUGGGCUGCCGGGCUGGGCUGUAGCCUCAAGUUUUGGUAACAUGGUGUCCAAAGAGAAGAGGGAGACGGUGUCCAAAGAGGACCUGGCCAGAGCAACACUAGUCAGCAUCACCAAUAACAUCGGCUCCAUCACCAGGAUGUGUGCUCUCAAUGAGAACAUAGAGAGAGUGGUUUUUGUGGGAAACUUCCUGAGAGUGAACACCCUCUCUAUGAAGCUGCUGGCCUACGCCAUGGACUACUGGUCUAAAGGACAACUGAAGGCGCUCUUCCUGCAGCACGAGGGUUACUUUGGAGCAGUUGGAGCCCUGUUAGAGCUUCUGCAUCCGUCCUAAUCCGUCCGAAUUAUAUCCAAAGAAGCACUUGUCAGUCUGCUGGUAGACCAUUAGCACUUUAGACCGUCCAGAAUUGAUCCCACAGUGGGAUGUUAUGCCAGCUAGCAGCCAGUUACUGGUACAUUUUGGUUGUGAAAGGCAAAGGUCCUAUUUUGUUCCCAUGAAUCAAGCUGGUUUUGUAAAAUGCUAAAACAACUCAGGAUAAAAUCACCACGGUUGCCUGAAAUUCUUCGAUUAAAACCUAAGCGUCACAUAGUAUAGUCUUGUUGGCUGCACUUACCCCUCGGUGGGUUACUGGCCAGGUUUAUUUUACCCUACUUUGGUACCAGGUGCAUGGUUGAACGAUUGUGUAUACGUUUAUAUAAUGGGUGGUAGAACCGAAAUAUAAUCACAGAAAAAAAGCACAAUUAAUUGUUUAUAUCCUAAAAGGUAGAAAGAUACCUACGUUUCCUAAAUCAAAUAUGACGUCUUUCAAAUACUUUAUUAUAUAUUUGGUUUAUUAUCAUAUAAGACCAAAAAGUGCAAAAAAAUAUUCAUAUUUCAGAAACUGGAACUAGGAUUAUUUUUGUGACCAUCAUGUUGCAGAUUAUUAUUGACUAAUCCUUUCAGCUCUUCAUACCAGUAGUUAUAAAUACCAAAAUAUAGGUAGUCAAACAAAGACUGGGACAAUAUCUUGGUAAUUGUGAUGAUUGAACUAUAGUCAAACACUAACUACCACUAAUUUAUUCAACUGAUAUGUUUAGUGUGCUGUAACAUGACUGUCACGCAACAUAUUGUCUUGAUAAUACUCCCAUUAACCUGCUAUUCUUUUAGUAAAGAUGAAGAAAAGCACUGAAAAUAAUUUACAACCACUUAUUAUUUGUCCUUGUUUUUGAGUAUUUACUUAUGGCACCAAUAGGACUUUAAAUUAGGUUGCGUGUGAACAAUUAUUGUUUUUCUCGCUGGAUAAUUUACUAAAUAAUUGAUGAAAAAACACAAUUUCAUCAGAUUUACUCUUGAAUGGAGAUGUUAACUGUUACUGUUAUAGAAAUUAUGUGUCAUUUGAAUAUAUUUCCUUAAUUAGAUUUCAAUAGUUUCUAAAGUUAGUUUACCUAGUUCUUUUACUUUGAGCUUUGUUUUGCAAAUACAUCUGGACAAUCAUCUGUGGGGUUAGAAAGACUGGACCCUAUGGUAUAGAUUUAAGUCUCAUUCUUACCCCAAACAACUCCCCUGCUGAAGUGCCCUUGAGCCACUGCAUCCCGCUCUUUGUAGAGAGAGAAAUCAAAGCAAUUGAAAAUAUAUUGAUACUGAGGUAAAAUCAGGGCAUUUUAUUCCUGUGUAAUCCUUAGAUUUCAUUUAAAAAAGAGGUUAUUUGAAUGUAGAAACGUAAAGCAUCCCUCCAAUGGAGGAUUUAGGUCCUGUAACCCUAAACAAUGUUUUUCUUGGUUUAGUACGUAUGUGCUUAAAUAUUCAUGUUUUGACUUAAAUGUAUGUUUUGGGAAGGCUUCCCAAAGCAUUUGUUUUUCAAAAGGUAUUUAAAGGUUGAUCUUGAACAUGUUCAAGAUUUAGUCUCUGAUUGUCCUAUUAUUUCAUGGAUUGCUUUCCGUCCAAUUUUGAUGUCAUCUGUUUGUUAUAUUGGUCUAUUGCUGGAUAACGGGGAUCAUGUUGAAUCAUUGUCUACCUAAAGAGGGUUUUUUUCAGCUGUAAGUUUUCUAGGUAUGAACUUUGUGACAGUUUAUAUAGUAAAUGAAUGUUAAUUUAAGUGCCUUUAAUGUUUUAGUAUCAUGCAUAAAAUAUUUUUCGCAGCAGGAUUUAAACAAGGCAAACUGGGUCGUUGUUCUCUAGGUUUUCCUAUUUGUUUGCUUUACAUUUGUAGCGUUACAUUGAAAAGAAAACGUACUUAUUUUUGUAACGAGUCAUAACACAUUUCUUACUGGGUUGUCUCUAUUAAAAACAAACUUUUCUAAUCUUU